AUGAGCACGGAAAGGGACGCCUUUAUGUUUGUCAUGCGCGAGGGGCAGCUGAAAAGCAUUGGAUCAGUUUUCAAAACAGCUGGCAGCGGUCUGAGCGUGGUGCUAGGUCGGCACCUGUACAAAUACCACUCCGGAGUGGACGCGGAAGAGUGUGCGAGACGAUGCGUGCAGGAGGUCGACUUUGUCUGCCGAUCCUUCGAUAUCAAUAAAGUCGGGUGCUACGCCAUAGCAGAAAGCUGGAAAAGUGCACCCGAGGACAAGUACAAAUGCACGUCCCCCGAGUGCGGAUGGGACCACUUCGAGCGACUAGCAUUGGAUCAGUUUUCAAAAACAGCUGGCAGCGGUCUGAGCGUGGUGCUAGGUCGGCACCUGUACAAAUACCACUCCGGAGUGGACGCGGAAGAGUGUGCGAGACGAUGCGUGCAGGAGGUCGACUUUGUCUGCCGAUCCUUCGAUAUCAAUAAAGUCGGGUGCUACGCCAUAGCAGAAAGCUGGAAAAGUGCACCCGAGGACAAGUACAAAUGCGCGUCCCCCGAGUGCGGAUGGGACCACUUCGAGCGACUAGGCCUAAAACCGACGGAGAAGAACGAGGUGUGUUUCACGAAGGCAGGAAAGAUUCCGUACAACCCGGACACGCAGACCUGCUGCAUCGAUGGCGUCAAGGAAGGCGCCGAGAACAAGCACAUAUGCAAGACGUGCGGCUCGACAAUGUUCGCCAUGCCGAAGGACGGGCCCACCUGGAGGUGCUGUGGGUCCAAACGUGACGUUCCCUACAAUCCCGAAAGCCAUCACUGCUGCUUCGGCAACGUUCGGGAGGGACCCGAGGAGGAGACGGCCUGCUUCCGAUGCGGGAAGAACGUCGUGUCCAUCCCGGAGAAGGAAGCCGACGACUGGAUGUGUUGCGGUAAGAAAAACACGCCUUACAACAACAAGAAAGAACACUGCUGCUUCGGCGAGGUGAAGGACGGAUCGGAUGAGAAGUUUCAGUGCCAGAAGUGCGGCAAGAAGGUUUUCAGCAAGCCCAAAUCAGACCCGUCCUGGAGAUGUUGCGGGAAAAAGAACGACAUGCCCUACAACCCCGACACUCACCACUGCUGCUUCCACGAGGUGAAGGAAGGUUCUCAGAAGGAGCACAUGUGCCAGAGGUGCGGAGACAACGUCUUCAGCAAGAUGAUCUCCGAGCCGUCCUACAAGUGCUGUGGGCCUCAGAUGGAGCCCUACAACCCACACAGUCACCACUGCUGUUUCAACGAGGUUCGGAAAGGCUCCGAGAAGAAGAACGUGUGCCAACGGUGCGGCGCGAACGUGUUCAGCCGGCCGGCCUCGGACCAGUCCUGGUGGUGCUGCGGGAGCAAGGACCUGCCGUACAACCCCACCUCCCACACCUGCUGCGGCGGGGACGUCCUCAAGGGGCCGGACGGCGACAACGUGUGUCAGAAGUGCGGCGACGUGUCCUUCCUGCGGCCCAAGACGGACCCCCGCUGGAACUGCUGCGGCGACGACAACACCCCCUACAACCCGAAGACGCACUACUGCUGCUUCGGGAAGCUGAUGGACGCGGAGUCGCAGUACACGUGCCUGAAGUGCGGGAAGAAGGUGUCCACGGUGCCGUCAAACGGCCCGGUGUGGGGCUGCUGCGCAGACCUCGCCUACAACACCGAGAAGCAGGUGUGUUGCAAGGACGAGGUCUACCAGGGAACCAAGUGUAACGCACCGGGCAUCAAGCCUGCAUCAGACCUGGCCGAGCAGACGAAGCAGGGUGAGGACCCGGGCGCGUACAGCGCGGACCGGCAGGGUUCCGAGCCCGCCAAGGAGCCGGCCUUCAAGCCGGAGGGCGAGGAGGCAGGGACGGGCGGCUGUAGCGUCAACACGGGCGGGCGGCAGUCAGCCACUCAGAUCUGCUGUGGAAACAGGUUCUACCCCGGGAACGUGGCCAUUAACGUGUGUAAGACGUGCGGAGCGCACUUCUUCGUGGACACGCUGUUGGAGACGCCGAAGAGAUGCUGCGGAGAAACCCCCAUGAACCCCGACACCCAGGUCUGCUGCAGGGGCAAGGUCAGCGAAGGAAAGUCGUGCGACGGCUCUCUGCCCGACCCGGGUCCACAGUCGUCCGAUCCCAGCAUAGACACCGCCCUGCUGCCCAGCCUGACCGGGGAGAGCUCCCAGCAACAGGUCUGCAAUGUCCGCGGCAUCGGUCUACAGAACUACGACCCCAAAAGAGAGACGUGCUGCGGAGAACAGCUGUUUGAUGGCGCCGAAGACGAUAUUUAUUGUAGAAGAUGUCGUGACGUGUCGUUCGUGGAGCCGAAGAGCGGCACGGCGCGGCGUUGCUGCGGGAACACCCCGUUCAACCCAGAAUCCAGCGCGUGCUGCGGGUCCGAGGUCUUCAACCCUCUGACGAAGGUGUGCUGCGACAACAGGGUGUACCCUGGGAAAACCUGUCCGGGCUUUGCUGCUGCAGUUGGCCGUCUGGACACCGCGAGCUUCCAGAACCAGCCUCUUGCCAACCGUCUGGGCGGUACCAAGGCUCAAGUGGGGAUGUGCAAGGUCAACAACAUUAACGUGGCGUUCGACGAGAACAGGCAACUGUGCUGCGAGAACCAACUGUUCGACGGGGCCACCAGACGCACGCACAACUGCAGGACGUGCGGCGGGAUUCCGUUCGUGGAGAUCAUCGACGCAGACCCUGCCCAGCGGUGCUGCGGAGCCGCGCCCUUCAACCCCAACACGCACACCUGCUGCGACGAGGACCGGGUAGUCCCCGGGCAGGACUGCUACCAGGCUGUUGGUCAGCCGAACGUGGGAGUCCUCCAGCCGCCGGGUGGCAGCGUGAGUCUGGGCGGUACCAAGGCGGAGGUGGGGAUGUGUAAGGUCGGCAACAUCAACGUGGCUUACGACGAGAACAGACAACUGUGCUGCGAGAACCAACUCUUCGAUAACGCCAACCGCAGGACCCACCAGUGCAGAACGUGCGCAGGUAUUCCGUUCGUGGAGCCCAUCGGGAUCGACCCCCACAAGAGAUGCUGCGGCGCGAACCCGUUCAACCCCAGCACGCACACGUGCUGCGACGGCGGGCAGGUCGUCUUCGGACAGGACUGCUUCGCAGGCUUACGGGAAGCCACCGGGUCCGUGUCCGUGACCGGAUUCGCUGACGUGAACCAGCUGGGAGGCACCAAGGCGAAGGUCGGCAUGUGUAAGGUAGCGAACAUCAACGUGGCGUACGACCCCAGGAGACAGAUCUGCUGCGAGAACCGCAUCUUCGACGGACCCGAAGAACAGACAGACUGCAGAACGUGUGGCGGCGAACCGUUCGUGGAGCCGAGGGGAACAGACCCGGCCAGUCGCUGCUGUGGUAUCCAGCAGUACCGCCCUAACGAACAGGUCUGCUGCCAAGGCCAGCUGCUUCCCUUCGGAACGGAGUGUUUCGGCGGUCUCUCCGGCGGUGGGAGCCAGUUUGGAUUUGUGUCCGGACAGGACCCGACCUCCAUCGACCCCGGGGUAGCCCAGCCGCCCUUCCUCCCCAGCGGCCCCGGCUUUUUCCGGCCAGCCCAGCCAGUCCAGCCCGGUCAGUCGAUCUUCGGGCAGUUCGGAGGGACCAAGGCUGACGUGGGGAUGUGUCGGAUCCAGCUCGGCGGAGGGAACGCUGUGAACAUACGCUACGAUCCGACCCGGCAAAUCUGCUGUGAGAAUCAGAUAUUCGAGGGCACGAUGGACACAGUGAACUGCCGGAAGUGCGGUACCACACCGUUUGUGGAGCCGGUAGGAAUCGACCCGGCCAAGCGGUGCUGCGGGCAGGUCCCCUUCAACCCCACCACGCACGUCUGCUGUGUGGGCCAGGUGGUGCCCGGGCAGCAGUGCUACAGCAGCGGCCUGGAGGAAGCAACCGGCACGACCGACAUCAUCCCCGGGCCCAAUAUCCCCACCACCCAGCAGGGGAACAAGGCGCAGACGGAAGGGUGCCGUGUCCGCGGGGUGGGCGAUCUCCGAUACGAUCCCAACACGCACAUCUGCUGCGGAGACCAGAUCAUGAGAGGCCCAACCAGCAGCUCGAUAUGUAUGAGAUGUGGCAACACGAUCUUCGUGCAGCCCAUGGGGGUAACAGCCGACCGCUGCUGCGCAGGAGAGCCCUUCAACCCCGACUCGGAAAGCUGCUGUGAUGGAGUGGUCUACCAGGGGCUACGCUGUCCACAAGCGGCUACUGGUCAGAGCACUGCCGCCAUCGGUCCGUCCAUCGGUCUGAAGGCGGAGGUGGGGUACUGCCAGGUGGACGGCCGCAGCCAGCCCUUCGACCCCAGCCGGAAGAUCUGCUGCGGUAACCAGCUGUACGACGGCACCGUGGACACCCUCAACUGCCGCGUCUGUGGAACCGAGUUCUUCGUGGAAUCACCCAACGUGGUUGCUGCCAGAUGCUGCGGUGCGGUGAGAUUCAACCCUGAAACUCAAGUAUGCUGUGACGGUGUGGUUACGGGAGGGCGGACAUGUCCCAACGUCUUCGGUCCCGACUUCGCCUCCCUGGACCAAUCGGCCAUCGUGGGUUUGUGCGAUGUGAACGGCUAUCCGCAGAGCUACAACCCGUCCACCCACAUCUGCUGCCGGGACGGCAUCCACGAGGGGCCGACUCGCGACUCCAUCUGCCGGACCUGCGGCAGCACCACCUUCGUGCAGAGGAGAGGCGUGCCCAUGAUGUGCUGCGGGAACUCUCCGUAUGACCCACGGUCCAGUACGUGCUGCAAUGGGAGGGUUCAACAAGGAUCUAGCUGCAAACACAGCCAAGGUGGGUCUCCAUUCGACGUGAACGUUGGUACGGCCCAGUACGUCAAUCCCGGAGACACGGUGACGCUGACGUGCACGUAUUCCCCUGCGUCACACAAAGCGGACGCCAUCACCUGGUCCAAGGGAAACAACCGCAAGUCUGACGCAGUCUUACACAGCGUGUACGGGCCCAGAGGGUACGGGGACUUCGCCGGGCGCGUCUCGCUCAUAGACCAGGCGUCCCUGUCGAUCAAGGACGUCCGUCCGGAGGAUACAGGGAAGUACACGUGCGCUGUGCAGGUCGGGAAGUCCAGAGUGUCAGGCAGCCUGCAGCUGUUCGUGUCCAGUCAACGCCAGAGCUCGGAGUCAGGCUGCCUGGUUGAGAACAGGGUGUACCGUGACCAGGAGCGGUUCCGCCACCCCAGCCAGGCCUGUAUGAACUGUGUGUGCCUGGGCAGGGAGGUGUCCUGUCAGCCCAAACAGUGUCCUCCUGCCACCUGCCCCAACCGGAGGGACGAGUGUUGUCAGACAUGCAACGGUUGCAACUUUGACGGGAAGGACUACAACAAUGGAGACCAGUUCCAGCAUUCAACUAACCCAUGUCGGACGUGCAGUUGUAUGAACGGCCAUGUACGCUGUAUGGCCACAGCCUGCCCGCCACUGAAGUGUCCAAACGCCGUCACCCAACCGGGACAGUGUUGUCCGCAGUGCGAAGGAGAGACCUCAGGCGGGACCCCAGGUUGUAUCUACGAGGGAAGUACCUACUCUGCCGGGCAGCAGUUCAAUGACCCCCGGGACUCCUGCAGGCUGUGCACGUGUGAGAACGGCGCCGUCAACUGCCGUAGAAGACCGUGUCCUGCAGCCAACUGCCCCUACCCCGUCAUCAGAGACUGCUGCAGGGCGUGUGACGAUUGCAGUGUGGACGGUCAUCAGUACAGGAACGGAGAGGAGUUCGCAGAUCCGGAAGACGACUGCCUGACGUGUCAAUGCACGAACGGACAUGUGGUGUGCAAUCGCAGAGAGUGUCCCGACACCACCUGCGCGAACGCCAUAACCCGCGCUGGAGAAUGCUGCCCUGUUUGUGAAGGUUCUACCGUGCCGGAUGCCCUGACACCCCGCCCAACCGCACCCACCGGACUGUCUGGGUACGCCAUCGAUGCCCAGACAAUCUCUGUGCAGUGGCGACCGCCUCCUAACACCCUAGGUCUCCGUGGAUACAGAGUCUUCUACCAGAGAAUCGGCGAUACUGAUCCACAGUCCACCGACACGGAGUCCAGAGAUCUCUCCUUCAACAUCCGGGGUGUUGAGCCGUUCACGGACUAUCAGAUCUGGGUGACGUCAUACGGCAUAGGUGGGGAGAGCGAGAGGAGCAACAAGAUCAUCGUCAGGACGUCUGAACGGACUGCAUUAGCACCGCAAGACGUCACAGCGACUGCCAUGGACUCACAGAGCAUCAUGGUGGAGUGGCGCCACCCAGUGCCUGCUUCACCAACUGCACGUAUCACCGGGUACCGCAUCCUCCACAAGCCGGCCAGCGAGGGCGACGAUCAGUACCAGGAUGUAGGACUUUCAACCACAGACACGACGUUCACAAUACGCGGCCUGAACCCCUACACGGAGUAUGACGUCAUUGUGGCCACCGCCAGUGAAGGCGGGGACGAAGCCAGGAGCAUGCCCGUGAGAGAGCGCACGUCUGAAGGAACGCCAGGCCCCGUGGGUGAGCUGACGGGCGAGGCUGACGGAGACACCUCCAUCAAGGUCUCCUGGCAGCCCCCGACUGUGGUCAACGGAGUCCUGCAGGGAUACCGCAUCUACUACCAGCGUAUCGGUGACAGAGACUUUGAGGAAGUCGAAGUGAGUGACCCCAGGGAGACGUCGUACUUGCUGACUGGUCUUAGAAGCAACGCGCGGUACCGGAUCUGGAUGAUCGCCUUCAACGGGGCGGUGGACGGCCUGAAGAGCCAGGAGAUCAUCGUCAACACCGGGGGCGAAUAUCCUCAAGUUCCCGGAGUCCCGCUGGGUGUUCGAGUCUUCCCCGAGGAUCCCACGACCAUCCGGGUGCAAUGGCAGGCUCCUUCGUCAGGGGGCGCACUGUCGGGGUACAGAAUACACUACCAGGUUGAGGGAGAUUCGCUGAUGCCUACGGUAGAAGCCGGACCGAACGCUCGCUCACAGACCAUCACCGGUCUCCAGCCUGGCACGACCUACAACGUGUGGGUGGUGGCGUACUCUUCAGCCGGGGUCGGCAGGAGGAGCCAGAGAAUAUCCAUCACUACACAGGAGAUAGCUACUGACGAAGCCCCCGGCCCGCCCCGUAACGUGCGCAUGGGCAUCGUGAACCCGACGUCCGUACAGCUGGACUGGGUCGAGCCCAUCCCCGGCGGGUUCGACAUCUCUGAGCCGGUCAAGGGCUACCGGAUCCUGUACCAGCGGGUCGGCGUCCGCGUCAUCGGAGAGAUUGAGGUCGACUCGUCUGUUCUGUCCUACACCCUGACGGGACUGAACCCUAACGCGGAGUACACCAUCUGGAUACAGGCCUUCACAGAGACAACGGACGGGCGGAGGAGUGAGGCUCUGCAGCUGCCGCGACGAGAAUCCGUAGAAGAAGUUGCUCUACCGUCUGCACCAGUAGGCGUGAGUGCCAACGCGCUGGACUCCCGGAGCAUACGGGUGCAGUGGUCCCAGCCGGAGGGCGACCAGAGCAGCAUACAGGGGUACCGCGUCCUGUACCGCCGGGCGGGAGACGACAGCUCGGUGUCCGCGGAGGUCGGGGCCGACCAGACGGCCUACACCAUCAGCAGUCUGUCCAGUGACACGGACUAUGAGAUCCAGGUCCUGGCCUACACAGAAUCCGGCGAUGGAGAACAGAGCAGUGCGGUCCUGGUCAGGACACCCACAGCACCAGGAACGAGAGAAAUUCCAGAAGUGGAUUGCUACAAGGAUACUGGUGACGACUACCGCGGCACGGCAAGCACCACAGAAAAGGGAGAAGAGUGUGUGUCGUGGGGAGCCUCGUCGGUCUUCCAAUACGGCGUCAAUGAGUUCUCCCAGGGCGAACUGGGCAUCGGGGACCACAACUACUGCAGGAAUCCAGACGAGGACAUCAAACCCUGGUGUUACGUCGAUCUGAGGGGCACGUACGAAUACUGCGACCUAAAACCAUGCGGUACCGAUUAGCAUGUGCGGUAGUUAUUCCGUUACUUGAAUAAUGACCAGCAGAAAAAAAGCAAAUAUUGUAUUAAGAAACCUUUUUACAAUUUACGAGAUAAAAAAAAGGUGAAAAAAAUAAGACGCUAGUGGCGUUGAUGUCACUAAUUUGAUACCAUUUACCUGUUGUUCCGAUAUACUUAGGCUAAAUAAGCAUUGUUUUAGUGCCUUAUAAACCUGCAAAACAUUAGUCUCAAGUCUUGUGUAUACCACUUGUUUGUAAGAUCAACACUUGUUGACAGAUUGGUGCUAAACUACACACGUUGGUGAUGUUUGAACUUUGUACUGUAUGUCUAAGCAUGUCGAAUUGCUCUAAACAUCAUCUCAGUUCAAACACUGUCAACAUGUCGUACCUCGGAUAAUGGUGAAAAUGGCGGAGGUGCUCGCCGUUUGGAUGCGGUGUCGGAAAAAAUAUACGAAAUGCAGUUGUUUGCUUAUAUGAUGGAGGUCCGGCUUCGAGUAUUCAUCCAAACGUAAGUUCGCCAUUUUUAGUCGUUAUCUGUUUCCAUAAACUUCUUCACCAUCGCAUUCUCCGAGCAUCAGGCUAGUGUUAAACUAUAAGUACUAGAACAUGUACAAAUUUCAUAGUCGAUAUCUUUUCAUAAUACUAGUAUAUAUUAAGGUUUCUCAUCCUAUUUGAUCGGCUGUGUUUGGAUACGGGGGCCAAUACUUUUGUCCCUGUAUAUUUUGGUGUGCUAGACACCUCUAAUCGUCGAUGACCAUCUUCAGUUGUAUAUUGAUUAUUAUAGAUAUGUAAUAGCUUCUUAUAUUAACAUGGUGUAUAAGCUGAAAGCAAUUAUUGUUUCCGUAAUAAUUUGCGGUGCGUAACCUUGCAUAUCUGUGUACGUUCAGGUCAUGUGUAUUUAACAAUAGCAAGCGACAAGGAAGUACAACCAUGCUUCUCAACCAUGCUAUGAUUAUUGGAUUGUUUAACGCCUUCUAAUACCAGUCGUUGGUGUCUGUACCACACAUUCCCAUAUAUACAGUUCACAGUCAUCUUUUAAUCUAUAUAUGUUUGUGAUUUUGAAAAAAAAUAUCAUUUAUACUAUUGAUAUCUAAAUAUGUGCUUGCAUUUCUACCAUAGAUUAGCAUAGUGCUACUUUUGCUCUGCACUAGUUGUGUGGUUUGGUACAAUUCUUUUAUUUUGUGCGCACUCAAAGAGUGAUGUAAUUGAUUUUGAGAAAUUGGCGCCAAAUGGAUGAGUAGGAUUUUUACAGCUGCAGCGUUAGCGUAGUUCUGGUGCUACAUUAUUGACGACUACAACCAUUCCCUUCUGACUGAGAUUUUGUAAGAUACUCGGAUAAAAAAUGGAGUGCUGGAUUGGUAAUUUCAAUAAUAAAAUACAAGAAAAUGCC